AUGGCAUUAUGCCCGCACUUUGAUGCGUCGACCGCCAUCCCUAAUCUCGUGCACCUCAGCGAGCAAAAGGGGGGUGAGAUCAUACCCACCGGCACAACUAAUGCGGCUUAUUAUGGCCUUUCUGUUGGUCACCAAGCACAUUCACCUGCAAUUCUGGUGGACUCGUUCGGCCCUAAGCUCCGCCUCCGCGACAUUGAGCAAGCGGAGAAAGGUGGUUGGCCUCAAUUGUAA